GUUGGGAAGAUGGCGGCUCCCAGCCUCCUCAACUGGAGGCGGGUUUCCUCCUUCACGGGGCCGGUACCCCGCGCCCGGCACGGACACCGAGCCGUGGCCAUCCGGGAGCUGAUGAUCAUCUUUGGUGGGGGCAAUGAGGGCAUCGCCGACGAGCUGCACGUCUACAACACCGUUACAAAUCAGUGGUUCCUACCAGCUGUUAGAGGAGACAUCCCUCCAGGCUGUGCUGCCCAUGGAUUUGUCUGUGAUGGUACCAGAAUAUUAGUAUUUGGGGGAAUGGUUGAAUAUGGAAGAUACAGCAAUGAGUUAUAUGAGUUACAAGCAAGUCGAUGGUUAUGGAAAAAAGUGAAACCCCACCCCCCUUCUUCUGGUUUACCUCCUUGUCCUCGGCUUGGACAUAGUUUUUCUUUAUAUGGUAACAAAUGCUAUUUGUUUGGUGGUCUGGCAAAUGAAAGUGAAGAUUCAAACAAUAACGUUCCCAGAUAUUUAAAUGAUUUCUAUGAGUUGGAGCUGCAGCAUGGUUCUGGUGUUGUGGGAUGGAGCAUUCCAGUCACUAAAGGGAUUGUGCCUUCUCCAAGAGAAUCCCACACAGCUGUUAUAUAUUGCAAAAAAGAUUCUGGAAGUCCUAAAAUGUAUGUUUUUGGUGGAAUGUGUGGUGCUCGCCUGGAUGACCUGUGGCAGCUUGACUUAGAAACUAUGUCAUGGUCAAAACCAGAAACUAAAGGGACAGUUCCACUUCCACGAAGCCUUCACACGGCCAGUGUUAUAGGAAAUAAAAUGUACAUUUUUGGUGGAUGGGUUCCACAUAAGGGGGAAAAUAUUGAGACUUCACCUCAUGAUUGUGAAUGGAGAUGUACCAGUUCAUUUUCUUACCUAAAUCUAGAUACAGCAGAGUGGACCACUCUAGUAUCAGAUUCUCAGGAAGAUAAAAAAAAUUCAAGACCAAGACCAAGAGCUGGACACUGUGCUGUAGCAAUUGGCACUCGAUUAUAUUUUUGGAGUGGAAGAGAUGGCUACAAAAAAGCACUGAAUAGUCAAGUUUGCUGCAAGGAUCUUUGGUAUCUUGAUACUGAGAAACCACCAGCACCAUCACAAGUACAGUUGAUCAAAGCUACUACCAACUCUUUCCAUGUCAAGUGGGAUGAAGUACCUACCGUUGAAGGCUAUCUUUUGCAGCUGAAUACAGACUUGCCUUACCAAGCUGCACCGUCAGAUUCUUCAGCAGCAUUAAAUAUGCCAGGAGGCAGAGUGGACCCUCACAGACAAGGCAGUAAUAGCAUCCUUCCGAACAGUAUCAGUGACACAGUAAACAGUACAAAAGUGGAACAUUCAGCCAUGAGAGGAACUGCAAUGAAAAACAAACAAGAUUUCAAAGCAACAGAUUCUAAUGCCAUUUUAUAUUCUUCUUUGGCAUCUAAUGCUUCUAAUCAUAAUAGUUGUAUGGUGGAUAUGCUAAGGAAAAAUGAAGGUCCUCACACUUCAGCAAAUGUAGGUGUACUAAGUAGUUGCCUGGACUUAAGAACAGUAACCCCUGAAACUUCGGUGUCCAGUACUGUUUCCAGCGCACAAACUAUGGUAACCCAGCAGACCAUUAAAACUGAAUCAUCCAGUACAAAUGGGGCAGUUGUUAAAGAUGAAACUUCACUAACAACAUUCAGUACCAAAUCUGAAGUUGAUGAAACAUGUGCUCUGCCUGCAACUAAGAUUAGCCGAGUAGAGAUGCAUGCUGUACCCAUGCCAUUUGCUAAAGAGUCUCCUUCAAAUCCAGUGGCCACAGUGAAAGCAGGAGAACGACAGUGGUGUGAUGUGGGAAUUUUUAAAAAUAAUACAGCUUUGGUGAACCAGUUUUAUUUGCUGCCAAAAGGGAAGCAAAACAUCUCCAAGGUAGGAAAUGCAGAUGUACCUGACUACAGUUUACUUAAGAAACAAGAUCUUGUUCCGGGCACUGGAUACAGGUUUAGGGUUGCUGCAAUCAAUGGUUGUGGAAUAGGCCCUUUCAGCAAAAUCAGUGAAUUUAAAACUUGUAUUCCUGGUUUUCCUGGAGCCCCUUCAGCAGUCAGAAUUUCAAAGAAUGUUGAAGGUAUCCACCUUUCCUGGGAGCCUCCAACUUCACCUUCUGGAAAUAUUUUGGAAUAUUCAGCCUACUUGGCUAUCCGCACAGCACAGAUCCAAGAUAAUCCAAGCCAGCUUGUGUUCAUGAGGAUUUAUUGUGGUCUUAAAACAUCAUGUAUAGUAACUGCUGGGCAACUUGCAAAUGCACAUAUUGAUUAUACAUCCAGGCCUGCCAUUGUGUUCAGGAUAUCAGCAAAGAAUGAAAAGGGAUAUGGACCAGCUACACAAGUUCGAUGGCUUCAAGGAGGAAGAGACUACCCGCCUGAGUUCAGCCUGCCAGCGCUUGGAUUUGUAAGAAGGGGAGCCAAGGUCCUGCCUUGGGCUCUGCUAGGGCGACUUGGAGCUCGAAGUGGGUUUGAACGGCCGCCACCUUCCGGGAAGCUUUCGACCCUUCGUGCUUUUCCUUGUGUCCCUGUUAGCGUUGCCAGGUACACAGCACUGCCUCAGCCGUUCGCCGAGCACUGAUGUUAGUUUUUCAUAUUUCAUCCAAAGACACGAUCUCCUUCCUCCUCAGGUUUAACGGGUUGCUUGGCUUAGCCAGCCUCCACCCUGUUCUCUUGAAUUCAAGAUACUGCAUUUCCUAUCCACUUCUUCCCCCCCCGUAGAUUGCAUAGUAGUUGCAACCUGACUUGGCUUUUCUCAACCAGAUGACGUUGUGGCUGCAAGAAUCCACAGCCGUUAUUGCAUCUUUGCAGCCAGAUUCCUUUCUUAGCCUCACUGCAGUCUGAAUCAAACUUGAACUUCCCUGUGCCUGUGACCCUCCCAGAUAAGCAAGCGCUUUAACACUGAACUAUU